AUGUCGACACCUCCAAUGAUCUGCUUUGCCAAUGCUGCUGUGUGCUCUGGCACAUCAUGCCUGGUGCCAGAGAGUAACUUUAACAUUAUCCUCAGCACAGUCCUAAGCAGCGUGCUCACUGUCAUGCUGGCUAUGGUCAUGUUUUCCAUGGGCUGCACAGUGGACGUGCACAAGCUCUGGGCACACAUUCGCCGGCCGUGGGGUAUCUUCAUUGGCUUUCUUUGCCAGUUUGGCAUCAUGCCCUUCACCGCGUUCGCCUUCUCACUAGCCUUCCAGGUGCUUCCCAUACAGGCUGUGGUCAUCUUAAUCAUGGGCUGCUGUCCUGGAGGAACCAACUCUAAUGUCAUCACUUACUGGCUGGAUGGAGACAUGGAUCUCAGUAUCAGCAUGACAACAUGCUCAUCCAUCCUGGCGCUUGGGAUGAUGCCCCUUUGUCUGCUCAUCUACACUUCAGUCUGGAUCUCAGCUGAUACCAUCCAGAUUCCUUAUGACAGCAUAGGUAUUACGCUAGUGAGUCUGCUCGUGCCUGUCUCUUUGGGAAUCUUUGUCAAACACCGCUGGCCCGUUGUGGCGAAAAAGAUCCUGAAGUUUGGCUCUAUUGUGGGCAUCCUUCUGAUUAUCAUCGUUGCUGUGGUGGGUGGUGUGCUGUACCAAUCCUCAUGGACAAUUGCUCCUUCUCUAUGGAUAAUUGGAGCAGUCUACCCAUUCGUCGGCUUUGGCCUGGGCUUUCUGCUGGCUCGAUUUGUGGGGCAGCCUUGGUACAGGUGUCGCACUAUUGCACUGGAGACAGGCUUCCAGAACUCACAGCUGUGCAGCACGAUUGUUCAAUUGUCCUUUGCUCCUGAGGAGCUGGAGGUCAUGUUCUCCUUCCCUUUAAUCUACAGCAUCUUCCAGCUCAUUGUGGCUGUGCUGUCAAUUGGAGGUUACCAGCUGUAUAAGAGGCACUGUAGGAGAAAAUUGUCUGAGGAGGAUAGCGAGAGGGCUGAAGGAGCUGUUGACACUGCCUCUUGUAAAGACAAGACAGAGUAUGCUUUGGACAAUGGAGGAUUUCAGAGUGAUGAGAAUGGGAACACUGAAGGCAAGGGAACAGUCACUCAUCUGUGAGCUGGCAUCAGGAUCCAUCUCCAUAUGAACUGACUUCUGCUGGCAGAAGUGCAUUUCCUGCCAGCACCGUUUUGCCCCUGGCUGUCCCUACAAUGAGCUGCCAUUACAGACACAUUAUUCUACAGUGUUCCCAAGUCUCUGGACAAAGUAGUUUGGUGGCAGGGAAAACUGAGUGUAUUAGUGCAUCAGUAAAAAUAGUCCUCCUACAGCAUUUGCUUUAUGAUUAAUGUGCAUUUAAAAACAACAGCGUUAGGCCGGAAUGUACUGAAAUUGCACAUCAUUAUAAGUGAAUCACACAUCUUCUUAACAGCCUUACUGCUCAGCAUAGACUAUUUCAUAAACCACUUAAAACAAAAACAAAACAUUUAAAUGAUCACAUGAUAUAUAUGAUCAUAUACUAAUUUAUACAGACACUCUGAGGUGACUUGCUGGUUAUUAUUAUUAUUAUUAUUAUUAUUAUAUAAGGAAUGGGCACAAAUUAAUAUAUUGUAGCCACAAACUAAAUCUUGUGGAAUUGUGUAACUUGAUCCUGUGACUUAAUAUGUUGUGGGGCGUUUAUACUUAAUACAUGGCCUCCGUUUAAUCAUUCGGUGGGAAUGGAUGACAAAGUUUGUUCAUUUUGAGAAUGUCUUAACCUCUUGUAGCUCAAGAUUAGAAGCAAAAGUUUCUGAAUUUUCACAAUGGUGAGCUCACAUGACUGUGCAGCAGUGUUUUAGAUAUUCUGUUUCUAUUUGUGAUGUUUGAUACCAGUGUUCAGUGUUUUCAGCCUUUUUUUGUAAUUGUGCAUGAGAGGAAGUAAAAUUAAGUAAAAUGACUUUUGUUGAAAGAUUGCACCUUUUGAAACUUUUAGUAGACAAGGGUUGCCAUAUGAACUGGACUUAAAACAAUAAACAGUGUUUUAAUUUACCAUUAUAAUUUGUAUUUAAAUGAAACUUUUAUGUACAUUAACAAUUAGUGAUUAAAGAGUCACUUAACUUUUAAUUUCAUUUUAGGAAUUAAUUUAAUCACAAGUAUUUUUCAUUUUUUUUAUAUAUAUAUUAUAAAUUUGGUAAACACUGAGAUGUCAUUACUUGACAAAAGAAAACAAAUGCUUAAUAAAAUAUUACUGUGAAUGUAUUGUAAAUACGAUCUCAGUUGUAGCAUUGUGAAUAUAUUAAACAGUGAGCAAAUAAUAGCCGUUUGAGCACAGAACUGAGUAGAUUCUUAUAAAUAAUCUUGGUUUUUGUGAGGAUAAAUUAUAGCAUGUGCAAAUAAAUUUGUGUUCUUUCAUCCUU